GUGAAAAAGUCUGUUUCAAAAUGAGUGUUUCAAUUUUUGGAACAAUGACUUCCGAGGUAGAUGCAGAACACUUGAGCUCGGAUGCGCUAUUCUAUCCGUCUUGUGAAAAUGCAACAACUGUUACCGACAUCUCGCAAUUCAAUUUCAGCGAAUUUGACUAUCCAGGCGGGGGCGGCCCUUGGCCUCCACCCCUUGACUUUAUUUCCGCUAUGAAAAUCACCUUUUGUGUAAUCAACAUGAUCGUAUCUAUUCUUGGAAACUGUGCCGUCAUCAUUGCUGUCUAUCACAACCCGGCGCUCAGAUCGACCAUCAAUUUUUAUCUGGUCAACUUGGCGGUGGCUGACGUCUUGAUCGCCCUGUGCUGCAUGUGGCCGCAUCUGGUCAACGAUUUGACGAAACCAGCGUUCAUUUUGGGGGCGUUCAUGUGCAAAUUCAACGCAUUUGCUCAAAUGACGUGUCUGACAUCGAGCGUGCUUACACUCACUGCCAUUUCUUGCGACCGCUUCAUGGCCGUCAUGUAUCCUCUCCGAGUGCGUAUCACACAGUGUCGAGCGCGGGCCGUCAUCAUAUCCAUUUGGAUCAUCUCCAUCACUGUGGCGCUUCCCUUUGCCGUCUACCGGAAACUCUUCGAAAUUCAAUGGAGAAAUGCAUUGGAGGUAACGUGCCAGGAGACAUGGCCAAGUGUAUUACUAUACGAUCCGAAAUCUUCAUCGUGCAUUUCACGUGUCUGGCCUAAAACAGUCUACUAUUCAUUGGUGUCUGCCGUGUUAUUCUUCCUACCGAUUGUGGUUAUGUCCAUCGCAUACACACUGAUUAUCGGCCGUCUCUGGGGUUCCAAACCACCGGGAGAGAAGAUGGAUGCAGCACUUAGCAAUCAAGCCCGAGCAAAGAGAAAAAAGUUUCUGCUUUAUCAGGUUGUGAAGAUGGUGUGCGUUAUCAUGCUGGUCUUCAUCAUAUGCUGGGCACCCCUACAGGUCCUUAUCCUCUUCGCUCAAUUCAGCCACAAUUCGCAGGAAUUUGGCGAGUUACCUGAGUGGUACGACCAAGUCAUGUUUUUGGUAUAUUCCAUCGCUUAUACCAACUCAACUUUAAAUCCCUUACUUUAUGGUGGUCUCAAUCAAACCUACAGAAAGACGCUUAUUCGUGUCUUAUUCCGCAAAUGUUGCAAGUGGCGAACAAACCGGAGCUCCGCCAUUUCUAUGCAAGGUUCGAUUCAGAUGGCAGAAUUUCGCACAUUUCCACGUGCUGGUGUUUGCAAUAAUCAUCUGAGCAAUACGACACAUUCGACCCGAUUCGCCGUUCGCCGAGGAGCAAAUAACCUCAACCAGCAGACGGAUGCAAUCAGCGUCCAGCAACACAAUCGGCUAAGCGUUCGCAUUUCAACUACCGUGGCAACAUCGUCUCUUAGGUGCCACUUGCCAGCGACGUCGGCCGUAGCCAUUCAUCCACCGCCCGCAACAUCUGCGACUGUUCAGAUGGAAUAUCAGACGGCUCAUCCGGCCGAUUCAACCAUUGCUUGUGAAACACCUGAUCGUGAAAUGAGAUUCUCCGUCUCCAGAGCCAACCGUUCGCGAACGGCCAGUCAUCGUCGCAGGCAGGAAUUGCUCGGUUAGCGUGUCGGCUGAAAGGAACGUCUCCUUAUUUAUGUGCCCACCCAAAUAAAAAAGAAUUAAGCGCAGCAGGAAUUGAUGCUAGUGCGCAUUGAAUACUCGGAUUCUAGCGUGGAAUUCUUCAGGUGUUCCUGCAUCCUUUUCAACAUCCCAUAAUAAUAAUAAUCAUAAAAUAAAACUUCUAUAUCCUUUGCAUCCCAAUGCCGUGCUGUGUAAAGGCUGGUGCUGAAUACACGCCGG